AUCGCCAAAUUCGCCUCGGUUUGCUUCCCUACUUCCUUUUUGCCGUUCCCAGCAGGAGAGUAGAGGAACUCCAACUGAUGCAUUUUGAAUUUCGAAGCGUUUCAACCGACUUCUGAUUUUUUUAAAAAUAUAAAUUAUGCUGCAACCGUGAUUUGGGCUUAUUCUUGCAGCCUAAAAAACAUAAAAACAUCCAUUGAAGUAGACGGACCAGCGACCCUGCCAGUUCUUACGUGUUGGUCAGAUUACUCUGUGGUUGCGUGUUUCUUAGAUGAAGGCAAUCGCCAACUGUCCCAUUUUUUUUCUGUCUGGAUGCUUCUCCACCUCCCUGAAUUUGAUGGUUUCGGGACCGCCUCUUUGCCUCGGCCUGCUGGACAAGGGUCUCUUCAAAAUGGGAGAGACCAUUAGCUGCAUAAGAUAAAGGUUCUUCCUUUUGCAGCACUUGCUCCUGCCCAGAAUUUGGCCACCCUAUCCUAUGCCAAAGGAAAGAAAUCACUUGUGACAGCAGGGGUGGCAACUGGCAGAAGAUCCUUCAAAUCCUAAUAGAGACUUUCCUUGAAUUUAAAAUGGAGGCAGAAGAAUCGGUUGGUCUUGACCCAGCAAAACGUCCUGAUGCAGCGGAAGCUAAGGGUGCUGGGGAGUACUGGGAGAAAGGGGCGAGGACGUUCCUUGGUGAGGACAACACCAGUUUGGACAUUCAGCGCCAGCACUUUAGACAGCUCCCCUACCAGGAGGCUGAAGGGCCCCGGAAAGUAUGCAGGCGGCUGCAUGAUCUGUGUCACCAGUGGCUGAAGCCAGAGCAACAUACAAAGGCUCAGAUGCUGGAUAUGGUGAUCCUGGAGCAGUUCCUCAACAUCCUUCCCCUGGAAUUAGGGCGUUGGGUGAGAGAAUGUGAGCCAGAAACCAGUUCCCAAGCAGUGGCCCUGGCUGAAGGCUUCCUCCUGAGCCUGGCAGAAGACCAGAAGCAGAGAGAUCAGGGUCUGUUAGCAGGGGCAGCUCUUCAUUUCCAUGCAGUGGACAAUGCUCCAGAGGAGGCAAGAAAUCAAACAAGCUCGGGUAGCAGCAAGGUGUUUGGUGAUCUCAAUGGAGAUGGCGGGAAAUCUUUGGCCUCACCCGCUCCAUUAUCUGCUCCUAGUGAUGAAUUAGAAGUAACCUCUGUGAGGUCAGAUAAGGUUCCGGUGACCUUUGAGGACGUGGCUGUGUGUUUCACAGAGGAGGAGUGGGUGCUGCUGGAUCCAGGCCAGAGAACCCUGCAGUGGGAGGUCAUGCUGGAGAAUUAUAUGAAUCUGAACUAUCCCGCUGAUGAUGCCUUGGACGAUGAGGAAAAAGAAGAAUCAUGCAGAGUGUCCUUAAAGAAAGCUAGAGAUGUUGAGAGAACAGAGCAAAGUGAAGCAACAGAGACCGAAGCCGCACGGAAGAUGAGAAAAGAAUCCUUUUCUUCUGAAGGGGACGAUGACAUCCAGGAUGGCUUGAUUCAGGAGGAAAUAAAUGAUGGUGAUAUGUCCUUUGCAUCUGGAAACACUGACCUCCAAGAAGAAGCGAUGCUUGAAAGCAUCAGCCUGGAAGAAGAGACAAAUAAGUGCCGCAUGUGCGGGCAGAGCUCCUGUCAAAAAGCAUGCCAGAGGGCAUCGAAACGGAUUCCCCAGGGACUGAAACUGUACCAGUCCUCGUUCUGUGGAAGGACGUUCGGUAACAGCCAGAGUCACUCAAACCACUUAAAAUGGCACACGGGAGACAAACCAUAUGAGUGUGCCAUGUGUGGAAGGAAAUUCACGUCAAGUUUAGACCUCUGGUUCCAUCAGAGACGUUACAUAUAUUCCGACCAUAUGUACGCUCGGGGGGCGGAAGAGCCUUCCGGCGCCUCACAAACACUGGCUGUGAUGACAGAACCCUCCUCCCCCUUGAGCUUCUGUGAUGAACAGGCAGGAAUGAUGUCACCUUUUGGCAUUUCGCUACAGUGCCGUAUGCGUGGUAAGAGCUUCUGUCAAAAAACACACCACAGGGCAUUGAAACAGAUUCCCCAGGGGCUGAAACCGUACCGGUGCUCAUUCUGUGGAAGGACGUUCGGUAACAGCCAGAGUCACUCAAACCACUUAAAGCGGCACAUGGGGUACAAACCAUACGGGUAUGCCGAGUGUGGAAGGAAGUUCACAUUGAGUUUAGACCUCCGGUCCCAUGUGGGAAGUCACAUAUACUCUGACCAUAUGUAUGCUCGGGGGGCAGAAAAGCCUUCCGGCGCCUCACAAACACCGGCUGUGAUGACAGAACCCACGCAGAGGGAGACGACUGUGACUCUUUCCAACGGACCACGUGUUGUCGUAUCACAGACUAUUAUCCCAAAAGAAAUGGCAUAGAUUGAUUUUCUGGCCAAUUAUUCAGCUGUUAACCACCAGCGGCAGAUCCCCACAAGAGCCUCUACAAAGGGCCCAAAAUCUAGCAACCCUUUUGCUGGGUCAAUAAAAUAUUGAAAACAGAAGAGCUUUGAAGUCUAGCAGGGUCCUUCCUGAGGCGGGGAUUUGUAGAAUUAAAGGCGGCAGAGGGGAAAUAGGGAAAAGCUAACAACUGACAAGAUACUAUUAUGAUAUCAGGAUCUGUAUUAAAAGAAAUAAUUGGCGUGGUGGAGAAAUUCUAAUAUGGAACGCCAAACAGAGGGGGAGAGGAGAGGCACGGAAAGGCAUCUACCAGCUGGCAGAAAAAUGAGGCUGAGUUUUUUAACUUUUGGAGUUCCUACACAGGGCCCACCUGGAGAAGAUUUUCUCCUCUGUGUAAAGCUGGGAGUCCAUACAGCCAAUUUCCCAACCUGGCACAUUUCAGCUGUACAAUUCUGGGUCUAGAACUAUAGUUCCCAUCACCAGAGCCAGCAAAGCAUGAUGGGAGUUGUUGUCCCUCUCCCCUGUGUCAGCUCAAAAUGUCAAGUUUGGCCUCCAGCUGUAAAGAAGACUCCUAAGGGUCAUGAAAUCUUGCGUGCUUUUAAUAAUUUUGGUGGCCGUGAAAAGCUAUUAUCCAUUUUAGUCUUGAAUUUUGGACAAGGGACCCCAUGAUUUUCUUGUUGGAUAAUAGGUAACAUAAGUGUGUGAGGGGAGAAAUCACAGCAGAACUCUAGCAUACCGUAUUUUUCCAUGUAUACGACACCCCCAUAUCUAAGAUG